AGUUCAACGAACUUUAGCGGAUAAUUUGAAUUUUAAAUGCCGUGCGGACAUCGAAUCAACGAGCUUGUGCAUUCAUUGUGCGGCUUUCUCUUAAAACUUAAGAUUGAAGAUAUCAGCCUCGAUUUACAGUCUACUUGAAGAUCAGAAUUGAGGAGCAGAAAUGGAUAAUGUCCAUGUGGCAAUCCGUUUGAGGCCAUUCAUCAAAAGAGAGAGUGAGAACGAUGCACACCAUCAUUGGAGGGCAGAGGGCAAGAACGUGCAGCAGUACGAUGCCAGAGUGAAGCCCGCUGGCAAGCCCUACACAUUCGAUCGUGUCUUUGAUGAAAAUGAGACAACCUUGGAUGUAUAUGAAGAAAUUGCUCUACCAAUCAUUUCUUCUGCCAUGGAUGGGUAUGAUGGAACAAUUUUUGCUUAUGGACAAACCAGCAGUGGCAAAACCUUCACCAUGCAAGGCUCUCCUCUCCCUGGUAUCAUCCCAAGCACCAUCAAUGAAGUGUUUGAGACCAUUGAAAAUACCCCUGACAGAGAGUUCUUGCUUAGAGUGAGCUACGCAGAGCUGUACAAUGAGGGAAUCACAGAUCUCCUCUCCGAUGAGAAGAAACAGCUCAGCAUCAGAGAGAAUGGGGAGCGUGUCUAUGUGAGUAACCUGACCGAGGAGGUGUGUACUAGCUCUAUUCAGAUUCUGAACCUCUUGAGGAAAGGAGACGCCAGACGCCAUGUUGGGAGAACCAAUAUGAACGAACACAGCAGUCGCUCCCACACCAUAUUUUGCAUGAUCAUUGAGUCAAGAGGGAGAAAGGAAGUAGGUGAAUGUGCUGUCAAGGUUUCUCACCUGAACUUGGUUGACCUUGCCGGGUCAGAACGCGCCAACGAAACGAAAGCAGAGGGCGCCAGAUUGAAGGAAUCCUGCAAUAUAAACCAGUCUCUCUUUGUGCUUGGGACGGUAAUCAAUCGCCUGGCUUCCGGAGCAGAAUUCGUGCCAUUUCGUGACUCCAAACUCACCCGGAUCCUUUCCUCGUCGUUGGGCGGCAACGCCAAGACAGCCAUCAUCUGCACCAUCACGUCAGCCUCGUUGGAACAGACGCUGUCCACUCUUCAAUUUGCCACGCGGGCAAAGUCAAUCAAGAACAAGCCUGUGAUGAACGAAAUCUUGUCCGACGAGGCCCUUAUGCAGAGGAUGAAGAAAGAGAUCCAGAGCCUGAAGAAAAAAUUAGAAGGGUCCCAGGCUCCUCCACUAGCACUGACCGAUGAGGAUAAGGAGGCCCUCUUGAGCCAGGAGAGGGAGAGGAUGAAGAAGGAGGUGAUGAAGGAGAUGCAGGAGAAGAUGGAUUACUUCAACAACAUGGUGGUCGUCUCCAAGGGUGGGGCAACCCCCAAGAAACAACUCAAGAGAAAGCCCCGACGUGAGACAUGGUGCCCCGGCAUGCAGCUACAGCCCCUCCUAUUACCACCACGCCCUGCCUUGCUGAGAGCCCAGAAGAGCCCCAUCUUGGAAGCCUCUGACGCUUCCCUCUCAUCGCUCCUAGACGCAUCGGUGGAUCCAUUCAUCUCCAUGUCAAGUGGAUCUGUAAGCAGCAUCAGCAGUGACGAAUUCAAUGAUGAAAAUGCAGAGGCCUUCAGAGCAGCAGUCCCUAACUUCGGUAAUGAAGGCCUGGACGCUGACUUACCGGAUCUAGAUGUCGCCUACUCGAGGAAGAACAAGCGCAGGAGAGCCAGUGUACACUUUGGGGAUGAUGAUGUGUACACUUUCACAUUAGAAGAAUACAACAAAGAAAUGGCUUGUCAGACAGAGGCGGUUGCAUCCCCCUCUGAGGAUCAAGUACUUGGGAUGACAGCUUCCCUCGAGUCUGCUCAGGAAGAAAUUAAGACCUUGAAGGAGAUGCUUGAAGGAAAGGAAAGUGAUGUCCUAGAGAGGCAAGCCAGGGAAGCAGAGAUGCAGGCUGCUCUGGACUCUGCAAACUUGGAGAAAGAAGAACUGAAGAGCCACAUUUCAGAGAGCCAGAACAAGGAACUGAUGGAGCUGCAAGCUGCACUAGACUCUGCAAACUUGGAGAAGGCAGAACUGAAGUCCCGCAUGGCUGAGAUACAAGAGGGGCAGCAGACAGGGAUGCAAGAUGCCCUGAACGCUGCAAACUUGGAGAUUGAGGUACUGAAAAACCACGUUUCAGAGAGCCAGAACAAGGAACUGAUGGAGCUGCAAGCUGCACUGGACACUGCAAACUUGGCGAAUGCAGAACUUAUGUCCCGCAUGGCUGAGAUAGAGAAGGAGCAGCAGACAGAGAUACAGGCUGCACUGGGCUCUGCAAACUUGGAGAAUGCAGAACUGAAGUCCCUCAUGGCAGAACAACAGAACAAGCAGCUGAUGGAGUUACAGGAUGCCCUGAACACUGCAAACUUGGAGAUUGAGGUACUGAAAAACCACAUGACACAGGUACAGAAUGAACAGCUGAUGGAGACGCAGGCUGUACUGGACGCUGCAAACCUGGAAAAUGAAGAGCUGAAAAGCCACUUGGCAGAUGUACAGAACAAGCAGCUGAUGGAGUUGCAGGCUGCCCUGGACUUGGCCAAUGCAGAGAAUGCAGAUAUAAAGUCAAGGCUGGGUAGCAUGGAAACAGACGCACUUACCGAAGCGAUGACAACACUUGAGAAGAGCCACAAGGAACUCGCCGUCCUACAAGCUGCAUUGGACUCUGCCAAUCAGGAAAGAGAAGCCUUUGGAGAGGUGCAUAUCAGCGAGAACAGCCAGCUACGUACAGAGCUCGAGUCAGCAUCCAGGGAACUCCAUUCUCUCAAGGAGCAAUAUGAGGAAAGGGACACAACCAGACUGAACGAGGCGCUGGCUACCCUGGAGAAGCAGGCUGCUGAUCUGACUGAGCUGCAAGCUGCAUUGGAGAUGUCCAGGGGAGAGAAAGAGACCUUGGAAAGGAGAUCAGAGGAGAUGCCUUCCAGUGAGCUAAAUGAUAUCAAGGCCACGUUGGAGUCCUCUCAACAGGAAAAUGCAGAACUAAGAAGUAGAUUGGAAGAGGUACAGAGUGAUCAAGUUAGAGAGAUGCAAGUUGUUCUCGAGACGCUGACAGAAGAGAAUGCUGCCCUCAAGGACAGGCUGGAGGAGCUACAGACCAAAGACAUCAAUCAAGUCCAAGUCGAGGAGCCAGAAGAGAUUCUCGUAAUGAGAGCUGAACUGGAGAUGUCAUCAGCUCUGUGCGAUGCUCUCCAAGAAGAGAAGGACCAGCUGCAGACCAAACUGGAUGAGACCAUCCCAGAUGCUGCUCAAGCCACGCAGACACAUCAUCCGGAUGUAGAUAAAUUGAAAGGAGAACUGAUGGAGUCAUUAACACUGUGUGAAGCUCUGAGUGAAGAAAGGAACCAGUUGCAUUCUAAGCUGGAAGAGACCAAGAAAGAACUUGAGAUGAGAACAGAUGCAUCAUCUGACAUCAUCAAAAUGAAGGAAGAGAUAGCAGAGCUAAGGUUUGUGCUGCUGCAGAAGGCUGAGGAGUAUGCGGAGCUGCAGCAGUUUACAAGGUGGGAGGACAAAUCUCUUAAAGAACAAGAGUCUGAAUACCAGUGUGAAAUCAACAGACUCCAGGAGAUCAUGAAACAAAAGGAUAAAGAUCUGAGGGAUAUAGAGACAAAGAUUACAGCCCAACUGACCCAGUCCGAAAAUGAAAAGACGGAUCUGGAUUUCCAGCUGGAUGCGGAGAAAGAGCGCAACCGCUCGAUGACCUCUGAACUCCGCCAGCAGCUGCAAGAGGCCUAUGACAAGCUGAAGGAGAAGGAGGGGGCAGAGGGAGCGACUGCAGAAGAAGGCAUGGAGCUGGAGACUGAGAACAGGGAGAAUGCGGUUGAGCUGGAGUCAAGGCUGGCUGAAGUCUUGAGGGAGAUGGAGUCCUUGAAGGAGAAGGAAAUUCAGAAGGAGAAGAUGGUGACGGAACUGGAGAUGAAGUUAGCUGGUGCCUUGCAGGAGAAGGAGAAUGUGGAAGAGGAGAAAGUACAUGAGCUUGAGUCAAGGUUGGCCAGCAUUCUGAUGGAGAUGGAGGCUCUAAAGAAAGAGGUAACCAUGAGAGAGGAGAAGGUAUGUGACCUAGAAGCCAAGCUGGCUAAUGCUGUCCAGGAGAUGGACACCCUGAGGGAGGAGGAGACUCUGAAAGAACAGAAAAUGAUGGAGCUAGAAUCAAGGUUCAACGUGGUUCUCCAGGAGCAAGAUGGUGAGAAAGAGGAGAAAUUGUUGGAGCUGAGUUCUAAGCUGGCUAAUCUCCUGCAGGAGACAGAAGAACUGAGGGAAGAGAAGAAUUUCAAAGAAGAGAGAAUUGCUGAACUGGAGUCAUUGCUAGCCAGUGUACCUGAAGAGAAUGUGGAUUUGAAGGAAAAGAAAAUCUUGGAGCUAGAAUCCCAUUUGGCAAAUUUUUUUGAAGAAACAGAUUCCCUGAGAAUAGCAGAAGCAUUGAAAGUUGAGAGAAUUUCUGAGCUAGAGUCAAGGUUAGGUGAGGUCGUACAUGAGAAGGAGAGUAGAGCGGAAGACAAAGCAACAGUGCUGGACGCACAGUUGGCUUCCGUUCUCCAAGAGGUAGAGGCUCUGAGGGAAGAGAAGAAAUUCAAAGAAGAGAGAAUUGCCGAACUGGAGUCAUUGCUAGCCAGUGUACCUGAAGAAGAUGUGGAUUUGAAGGAAGAGAGAAUCUUGCAGCUAGAAUCCCAUUUGGCAAAUGUUUUUGAAGAAACCGAUUCCCUGAGAGAAGCAGAAGCAUGGAAAGAUGAGAGAAUUUCUAAGCUAGAGUCAAGGUUAGGUGAGGUCGUACAUGAGAAGGAGAGUGGAGCGGAAGACAAAGCAACAGAGCUGGAAGCACAGUUGGCUUCCGUUCUCCAAGAGGUAGAGGCUCUGCGAGAAGAGAAGAAUGUGAAAGAAGAGCAAAUAAGUGAGCUGGAGUCGAGGCUGGCCAAUGUCCAACAAGACAAGGAAGGUGAAGAGGAAGGUAGAGUUGUCAAACAGGAUUCACAGUUGUCUGAUGCACUGCAGGAGUUGGAUGCCAUGAAGGAAGAAAAGACCCUGAGAGAAGAGAAAAUAGCUCAGCUGGAGUCCUGGUUGACCACCGGCAUGCAGGAGAUAGAGGUUCUUAGGCAAGAGAAGGAUGUCCGAGAAGCACAAAUGACCGAGCUGGAAUCAAGGUUAGCCAUCGUUUCAAAAGAGAUCAGCGAGGAAGGCAAAGUGGCAGAGUUGGAGUCCCAUUUGACCAAUGUCGUGGAAGAGAUGGACUCACUGCGGGAAGAGAAGAACCUGAAUAAGGACAAAGUGGUGGAGCUGGAGUCAGAUCUGGCCAGUGUUAUCCAGGAACUGGAGGCUUUGAAGGAGGAGAAGAACUUGAAAGAUAAGCAGAUCUCUGAGCUUGAGGAAAGGUUGACCAGCGCCUCGCAGGAGAAGAGCGCAGAAGAAGACAAGGUGGUUGAGCUGGAGGCACAUUUGACAGGUGUUCUUCAAGAGCUGGAAGCUUUGAAAGAAGAAAAGAACCAGAAAGUAGGCAAGUUUCUUGAGAUGCAGUCGCAUUUGAAUGAUGCACGCCAAGAGUUGGAGUUUCUAAAUGAGGAUAAGAACUUGAGAGAAGAGGAAAUGGCUGAAUUGAAGUCGAGGUUUGCCAACGUCUCGCAGGAGCAGGACAUCUUCAGAGAGGAGCAAGUGGCUGAAGCAGAAGCACAGCUGGUCAAUGUUCUGCAGGAGAUAGAGGCUCUGAAAGAAGAGGAGAACUUGAGAGAACAGCACAUGGCAGAGCUUGAGGCAAUGUUAGCCAAUGUGUCGCAGGAGCAGGACACAGUAAGAGAGGAAAAAGUGCUUGAAUUGGAGUCAAGAUUAUCCUGUGUCCUCCAAGAGAUGGACACGUUGAAAGAAGAAGAGAAACUGAAAGAGGCGGAGGCUACUGAACUAGAAACAAGACAUUCAGAAGUUCUAAAUGACAUGGAGAGAUUGCAAGAUGAGCUCACUAGAAUCCAAGAUGAGAAGGCUCGACUUGAAGCUGCAAACUAUGAAAUCAUGUCGCAGAUGCAGAAGGAUGUGGUUACCAUGGAGACUCAGACAGAGGAAGAUGUAGCAGAGGUAGAGCAAAGUCAUGAUCUUCAUGCAGCUAUCGAAAAACUCCGCAAAGUGCUCGCAUCCAAGGACCAAGAGAUCUGUGAAGUAAAGGCCCAGUCUAGCCAUGAAAUGGGAAGACUGGAAGAACUUCAGCAAUGCCUUGAAGAGGAGAGUAGAGAGCGUGAGGAGAGAAUCACCGCCGAGCUGAGAAGUCUUGAGGCGGAGAAGACGAGAGUUGAGGCAGCCUUGGUGAAGGCAGAGCUGGAGCUCUGUGAUUCCAUCUCAGAAACCCGUCUUCUGAAGGAAGAGAUGGAGAUGAUGGAAUCUAGAUUGGCGGAAGGACGAGAAUCAGCCUUAGGCCAUCAACGACAAGAAAUGGAGGAACUGAUGGUGGAACUUGAUUCAGCAAAGAACCUGCUCUCUCAGAAAGAAGACGAGAUCGAGAAACUUCAAGAGUUCAUGAAACUGGAGAACGAAGAAGCAAUUAAGCAGGAGGCCCAAUCACGCCAUGAAACCAAACGGUUACAUAAUCUUCUUCAGCAGCUAGAGGGUGAGAGCAAGCUGGUAAAGGAGCAGAUAAGACAGGAAUGUGAAACCAGUUGGCAGGUAGUGUGUGAGGAGUUGAGAACAGCCAUGCAGGAAUCAGAGAGAGAGAAACAGAGGUUAGAAGCCGCUCUCUGGAACGCGGAAGAAAAACAGGUGCAAUCUCAUCAAUUCUCUGAACACAGACUACAGGGAGUAUGUGAGGAGUUGAGAACAGCCAUGGAGGAAUCUGAAAGAGAGAAAGAAAGGUUAGAGGUGGCUCUCAGGAAAGCAGAAGAAAAACAGGAGUCUUUAGAAAAAGAGGUCAAGAAGCGCAAGGACGAGGUGAAGAGAGUCAGAAUCGAGUCCUUCAAGAAUGUCCAAGACUGGGAGGAGAGAGCUAACACCAUUUGUGGUGAAAUACAAGAAAAGCUUGAUGAGGAACAGGCCAAACUGUCGGAGACCAAGGAAAAAUUGUCGCAAUUUGAAGUUUUAUGCGAGGAGUUAAAGGAGGAACUCAAAGCCAAAGAUGAAGAGAUUGACAGAGUGAAAGAAGACAAGAGGGAUAUAUUCAACAAAAAGGAGAUGUUGGAGAAACAGUACGCCAAGAUGAAGAAGCAGGUGAACCAGACUGUGCAGAGUUCCAUCCGUGAUGUGGGCGAGGCGGAGGCGAGAGCAAACGCUGUCUGUGAAGAGCUGGAAGAAGAGCUAGAGGCAGAGAAGACCAAGGUCAAGGAUGCCCAAGAGAAAGUGGAAUGCCAAGCCAAGCACAUCUGUGAGCUGGAGGCCAAGCUGCAAUCUCAACUCACGCAGUCUAAGGGGGGCGAUCCCACCACCCGACGGUCCCUAGAGUCGGAGCUGUCUGCCAAGAAGAGGGAGAUGACAGUCUUAGAGAUGGAGCAUACUAGAGAAAUACUCAAGCUAGAGGAAAGAAUAAGAGAUCUCGACAGUGAGAAGAAAUUCCUGGAUGAGAAGAACAGAGAAUACCGAAAUGAGCUGAGACGGGAACACCAGAGGGCAGCAGAUAGUUCAGUUCUUUCCACAGGAAAUUAUCCCGAAGCUGGCAUUUGUGGAUCGGGAGCAUCGUACGAUGUCUCCGUCUUCUCUCUCCGCGCUGAAAACGAGUCGAUUGGAAAGAACCUGAAGCUGGCACAAAAGAAGUACGAGACCCUGAAGACCCAGCGAGAUGAGCAAGUGGAUAGGAACUCCAAAUUAAAGCAAGAAGUUUACUACUGGCAAGGAAAAUAUGACAAACUGAAGAGCCUUGCUGAACAGAAAACCAAAGAGUUGCGAGCUUCCCACCCUCUGAAAGAUUGCAAUACAGAGCACCCUGGGAUUGCGAGGAGUGCCUUAGAGGGGGCGGCAUCAUCCCCAAGCGUUAAGAGGAGGGCUGGCCAGCCCCCCUACCAAGGAACAUUGAAUGAGAGGAUGUUUGAGAUGUUAAAGACCAACAGAGCGGAGGAGCCAGAGGACAACCCCAAAGAAUGCACCACACAGUGAGAAAGCCAUUCGAAGACCAGGAAGGUGUUUCA